GGAGCGGGGCUGCGGGGGGAGAGGCCUGCGUUAUUGCCGCGGUGGUUACGUACCGGGUACUUUGUCGGAGCGCCUCCGGGGAGCCCGGACCGAGAAGUAUUGCAUUGACAGCACGCUUUGUGUGCAGCCAGAAAUCGACCCGAAAGGGAGGGUUUUGUUUUUUCCUUCCCGAAACGUGACAAAUGUUGUUGAGCCGGGAUUAGGCUUGCGGUGAUUCCACUUUUGCACGAUCAGGAAGUAAUAUUGGAGGUUUUCGGUAAAAGGUUUCCGUCCUCAUGUUUUCCUUUUCCCCCAGGGGAAAAUUCUGAAAUGUGUCAGUAUCUUUUUAAUUCUGAAGAGCCAUGUCCUUCUAGAAGUGUUGAGUUUAGUGUUUUCCAAUAUUCAAUCUGGCCAAUGGGCAAAUUUAUUCUGUUGUGAAUGAUGUAUGCUUUGCCUGAGCCCUGCGUUGACUGUGGGUAGCUUUGGGAUGACAGGCCCCUGGAAGUAGGGUUUUCCACGUUAUAACCCAGAGCAAGGCCCUUUGGAAUAUUUUCAGGCUACUUAAGUAGAAACGGAUAGGUUGAAAAAUGAAUAGUGAGAAGUCCUGUGUAAUGAAGUCCUUUAAGUUUGGAUAUUUGUCUGUGUAGUUCUAUUCUUUGACAGGUUUAAAAAGAACUAUCAUGAAUUUAAAUGAUUUAUAAGAUCAUUUACAACAGAUGAAAACUGUUUACAGAUCAUUUUGUGACAAUACAUCAGAGCAGUAGUAGGUAUUACUUCGAUUUUUACUCAUUUACAAAUCUUGGUAUGAGAGGCCCUUGCCCCUUUUACUGUGUUUUGUUAGUCUCACGCCUUGUUCUCGUUUUCCUUUUAAAUGGAAAUGUUAUGGUCCUCAGCAGUUGUGUUGAGCUUGUCAAACACAGUUUGGGCAUAGUAUCAACACCUGUUGAGGAAUAUAAUACUUACCUUUCUUGCUUCAUCGCACAUACAUAUUAAUAUUUCUGGACUUAAAAUUUUGAUAGAUACCUGAAUCUAUUUUUGAGUGGGUCUCCCUUCUGGGCUACAAACAUUUUGAAUACUCACAUUUUGACAUUUGUUGUUGACAUUUCACACAGCAGUGAGUAACAAAGUUAAUGCAAUAAUUUUAUUGAUGGUUACCAAGAGUUUUAACGCAAUUCUCUUCUACCCAUUCUUACAUUUGGACCUGGACAUAACUGCUGUUCCUUUCAUAGUUGCUCUAACCUGUUUAGUGCAGUAGGCUCCUUUGUUGCAAAAAAAAAAAAAAAAAUGUUUAAUUCGUAAAUCCCCGCAGGAGCACACGGCUCCCACCCUGGGAAGCAAGAUUGCCAGAAACCUCGAGCUUAUUAUUCUUUAUGUCUGUUUAAAAAUAAGCAGGCGGACAGGCAGCCGCGGGCCACUAUGGAGUUCCCUGUGCACGCAGGCGAGCCCGCGCCUCUCCCCUGCGAGGGUGGAUCCGGGUCCCUCGCCCCCGUUCCAGGGUCAACUUUGGGGGCCGGCGUGCGGUGCAGGAUGACAGUGAAGUUGGGAGACGGCGGCGGCGGGGAGGAAGGGCUCAAGAGGCUGGGCAAGAGGGCGGCCGAUGAGGACGCGCUGGAGGGAGAGGGUGCCGGCAGCGGGGACGCGGCCGAGGACAGCAGUGGCACAAAGAGGGACGGCAAGACCCCCCGGGGCGGCCGAGGCGGCGACCCCCCGCUCCCGCAGGCCCCGUCCCCGCCGCCCGCCUGCCCCCAGGACCAGCACCACUUCCUUCGGUCCAGCGUGAGGCCGCAGAGCAAGAGGCUCAGGAAGGACUCGUCCUGCGCAGGGGGGAGCAGCAGCGCCAGUAGCUCCGGGCCCCGCGGAAAAGGAGCUGACAGUGGCGGAUCAUCGUCUGGAAAUGGGUCUGGGGUUGCCCCUGCUGCCCCUGCAGGGGGCUCUCGUUCCUCCUCCCGGAACUUAGGGUCUUCUGGUGGUGAGAAGGAAGAAGGCAAAAAGGUCCGGCGGCAAUGGGAGUCAUGGAGCACGGAGGACAAGAACACUUUCUUCGAGGGGCUAUACGAGCAUGGAAAGGACUUUGAGGCGAUCCAGAACAAUAUAGCCCUCAAAUACAAGAAGAAAGGCAAGCCCGCUAGCAUGGUGAAGAACAAGGAGCAGGUGCGACACUUCUACUACCGUACGUGGCACAAGAUCACCAAGUACAUUGACUUCGAUAACGUGUUCUCUCGUGGGCUGAAGAAGUCGUCUCAGGAGCUGUAUGGUCUGAUCUGCUACGGCGAGCUGCGCAAGAAGAUCGGGGGCUGUAUGGACGACAAGAAUGCCACGAAGUUGAAUGAGCUCAUUCAGGUUGGGGCCACCACAGUACGUUACAAAGGGAGAAAUCUGCGGAUCAAAGCACCCAUGUGCCGAGCCCUGAAGAAACUCUGUGACCCAGACGGCUUGAGUGACGAAGAGGACCAGAAGCCAGUGCGCCUGCCCCUGAGAGUUCCUGUAGAGCUGCAGCCAAGGAACAACCAUGCCUGGGCUCGUGUGCAGAGCCUGGCCCAGAACCCCAGGCUGAGAAUGAUAGUGGAGCUCCAUCGGAAGGUCUCCAGCCUCAUUGAAUUCUUGAAGCAGAAGUGGGCGCUCCAUGAAGUGCGAAUCCGGAAGACGCUUGCAGAGCGUCAGCUGCAGGACUCGUUCGUGGAGCCGUCACAGGAGAAAGUGGCACUGCACCUGUUCCCAGGGGAGAACUGCACUCUGACCCCACUUCCAGGAGUGGCCCGUGUGGUACACUCCAAGGCCUUCUGCACGGUGCACUGGCAGGAGGGUGGCCGGUGCAAACAGAAUGCCAAGGAUGCCCACACACUGCCUCCAGCCCAAAUCCUGGGCAUCCACAGCGGGCAGGGCACGGCCAGAGGCCAGGUGAAGUGCCCAAGGGGCGGUGCUGAGGGCAAGGUUGGAGGGCGGCCUCCUCCCUCCACCUAUGCUUCACAGAGCUCUGAAGAGAGUUCCCCUGAAAGUGCCCCUGCGGAGGUGGUUGUUCCAAGCCUCAGCAGCCCAGACGCUCCUGACAGGCUUCCCCUUGGGCUCCAGGAUGCUGGGGGACAGCUCGAGAAGCCUCCUAUGCCUGCUCCUACAGAGGGCAGGGAUGUCCCUGCCCAAGAGCCUGGGGCCAUGACGUGUGCCUGUGGCCAGCUUCCAGAGCUAGAGGAUGAGCUCUCCCUCCUGGACCCCUUCCCCCGCUACAUGAAGUCCUGCCAGGACCUCAUUAUCCCUGAGCCAUGCCGCUGUGCGGACUCUCGGCCUUCGGCAUGUGCCUCCCCAGAGACUCGCGCCCCUAGCAAUGCAGAGGCAGCUGACUUUGCUGGUGCCAGGGUUCCGUCCCCUGUCCGCGGCCCGCCUGGCCCUGAGCCUCAGCCCAGCCCAAGUCUCCAGCCAGAUGUUUGCACUAAAGACUCAGCAGAUCCUCCUGCAGAGGAGGCCCAGGAGAAGGCGAGCCCCUCGGACCCGCUGCCUCCUCAGGGACAGCCUGUUGCCAAGCCCCCGAAGGACGUCCCCGCCAGCCGGCUGGCCCAGCAGCUCCGUGAGGAGGGCUGGAACCUGCAGACCUCCGAGAGCCUGACGCUGGCGGAAGUCUACCUCAUGAUGGGCAAGCCGAGCAAGCUGCAGCUGGAGUACGACUGGCUGGCCGUGCUGGACCCCGAGGGCCAGGCCCCUGGCGGCUCCCCGCCUUCCGCCUUCCACAAGCAGCGCCUCCUCAGCUGCCUCCUGAAGCUCAUCUCCACUGAGGUCAACCCCAGGCUGGCUCCGGAAGCGAAUGCCAGCUCCACAGCCUCAGUGAGGCCCGCCCAGGAGGAGCAGUCGACGACUCCCCCAGGGAAGGUGGUGAGCAUCAGCUCCCGGAGCCCCCGCUGCCCUCGAAACCAGUCUGCCCUCCGCAACAGCAAGGCCUUCUCUCCCAGCUCUGCACCUUGCCCUUCAGGUUUGAGAAACCCUCCGAGACCCCUCUUGGUGGCUGGUCCCUCCAGUACAGGAAGCAGUGACUCAGAUGGUGGCCUUUUUGCUGUCCCAACAACUUUACCACCCAACAGCCGACAUGGGAAGCUCUUCUCUCCCAAUAAAGAGACAGAAUUAACUUUCCUUCAACACCUGAACUCCAUCAGCAUGCAGUCAGAUUUCUUCUUGCCAAAGCCCCGGAAGUUGCAGAACCGGCACUUGCGGAAGCCGCUGGUGGUCCAGAGAACCCUACUUCCUAGACCGUCUGAAAACCAGUCCCACAAUGUCUGCUCCUUCUCCAUCCUGUCAAAUUCCUCCGUAACUGGGAGAGGCUCGUUCCGGCCCAUCCAGUCCUCCCUGACCAAAGCGGCUCUGUCUCGGCCGAUCAUGCCCAAGGUCCUUCCGCCCCAGGCCACGGGCCACCUGGCCAGUGCUGUCGACUUAGCAGCUACAAGUGCUGGCAUCAUCCCUGGGAGCCCCCUCCCUGUCUUGGACCCUGAGGGCUUGUCUGGCAUCUCUCCACUGUCUUCAGAUGAGGCAACAGCUGCUCUCUCGGGUCAGGACUCCACCAGCACCCACCAGAAUGGAGACCCCAUCCCCGCCAUGGGGGGCACAAGCGAUUCGUUCGUCAGUGUCCCCUCGAGGCCUGAGCAGGAGCCAGUGACGGACAGUUUCCAGGGUUCACCUGUCCUCUCCUUAUCUGAGCUUUCCAAGGCUCCUCUCCACAAUGGGCUCUCUACCCCGCUGCCCUCAUCAGAGAGCUCCAGCACCCGGCUCUCUCCACCUAAUGUCUCUGCUCUGCUGGACAUCUCCCUUCCGGGCCCUCCCGAGGAUGUGCUCUCACAGGGAGAGCCUGCCACACAGAUCAGUGACUCCAUCAUCGAGAUCGCCAUCAGCUCCGGACAGUAUGGUGAAGGAGUUCCUCUUUCUCCAGCAAAACUGAAUGGCAGUGACAGUUCCAAGAGUCUUCCUUCCCCAUCCAGCAGCCCCCAGCCAGACUGGAUUGCUUCUCCCACCCAUGACCCCCAGUGGUGCCCCAGCGACCCCACAGACUCGUCACUCAGCAGCUUAUUUGCAAGCUUCAUCUCCUCAGAGAAGGGCCGGAAGAUGCUUCCAACUCCGGUGGGGACCCACAGUGGCACCUCCCUGCUGGGCCCCAGCCUGCUGGAUGGAAACUCAAGAGACUCAUUUGUGUCCAGGUCCCUGGCUGAUGUAGCAGAGGUCGUGGAUUCCCAGCUGGUUUGCAUGAUGAAUGAAAACAGCGUUGAUUACAUAUCUCGGUUCAACGAUUUGGCCCAGGAGCUGUCCAUCACGGAGCCCAGCCGCCGAGAGGUUCUGUUUGAUGGCAGUGGUGGUGGUCCCCCUGUCAGUGACCUCUCCCAGUGACUGCAUCUCGUGGUGGGGGCAUCCUGGCGGCUGUAGAGGAGGGCUUACAGGGUUGUGGUUCUCAACCUGUGGUAGGUAUAGCCCUCUUCAGACUAAAGAAAACAUAAAUGAAGCCCAGGACACCCAGGAGGUGGUUUCGAUAGAGACACCUCUGCACCCCAGAAUGUACAACAUGCUGGAAGCUAUGUCGCAGCAGGCAGAGGGCAGUGGUAGCCUGGGAGAUGAAGACGAGUUCUGGAAGGUCCAACAUCAGACAUCACUGUGGCCUUAGAGCAGUUCUUCACCAUUUGUGGGGUCUCAUGUUAGGGUCUGCGUAGUGACCGUAUUUCCACCCAUACUUCUAACUUGGUUGUUGUGUUGGACAGUCCAGUGGGUUUUCUUUUCCAAGAGAAGGGAGUGGGUGUGCCCUGGCAUAGCCAUCACAUCCUGAGGAGUUGUAAUUUCUCCGCUCCCUGCAGGAAGGCUCCAGGCCAUGGCUGCAUUCUUUCUGCCAAACCUGUGCCACACUUUGGUUGCUUCUCUGCAGAAUAAUAAAGGCAGGUCAGGGUUGGGGAGCGUAGCUGGGCCUGGCCUGGGCUCUGCCUGGUGGUAUCUGGACUCUGAGACAGCAGACACUUCAGGGGACACUGAUCACAGAGCAGCAGAAGAGUCCCAGGGGCAGUGUAACUGGUGCCAUCACCCUAGAAAUUCUGAUCCUUUCCUACUCCUUCCCCAUGUAGAUAUAUGUUGUGACCGACUGAACAGGAAGGGAAAAGAAUCAUGUCUUAUGCAGGUUGUGUGAACUUUUAGAAAAAAUCCUGCUAAACUGGUUGGAGAAUGUUUUUCUUGUGUUUUAAGAAUUAGGAGACAUUGAAGAGGAAGAACAGUUUAGUUGGUUUCUUUCCUGCCUCCAUCUGCAAGUUUCUUCUAGAUGAUCUACAAUGUUACUUCUCUUUGGGGAUGAUCCCUAAGCACUUCUUUGACUACAGUUAAGACUUUCCUGAUGAGCCUUUGAACUUCUGAUGUGUUAACUGUUUAGCAUCUGAAACAAAUGGAUUUUGCAGGGAUGGUUCACUUCUUCAGUCUCCUCUUCCUUUCAUUAGCCUCAGAGCAGAGCAAGACACUAUGUGUAUGCCUCACGUCUAUUAUCGCUCUCCUUUUCAGGGAAUGCAGGCAAGGGUCACAUGUCUAACCUGUGAGCGCUAACCUGUGGUGUGCUUCGUGAGCCUCCUUGGGUGACCAGAAGUCACCACUGCAGGUGAUCCAGCAGCGGUCUUUCCCCAGAACAGAGCUAAUAAGGCUCCUAUGCCUGCUUAGCCUUGGGAGACUUAGCAUGUAAUUUACUGUCCAGCCACAUUCUGUGUGGCCAGGAGCCAAUGCUCUGGUGUUGGGCCAGUAAUACCAGCGCCACCAUCGCACCUGCUGCUUCACCUUCCACAGUAGACAGGAUGACUCGCCUGAAAUGACCGCUGUUCUGUUGCUCACCUUUCCUGUUUCCCCACUAACAGUGGAGUGGCAGCCCUGGCCCGUCCUGGCCCUUUACAUGGGCUCCUCCCCCUGUCCACAGUGAGAGAUGAGCAUGUGUAAAAAGGGGAGAAAAGGUUUUUUUCGUAUGCAAGAAGAGUGGAUGCUCUUGAUCCCAUUAUCUCACCAGCCGUUUGCAGCCACUUUAGGCUUCAGACAGGGUCAUUCAUUCUGAGCUGUGGAGGAAACAGCAGACAGCUGGCUUCCAGGGAAUAGCUCCCUUCCUUUGUCUCAAGUGUUUCUCAGAGCUCUUGCCUCUAAGGUGGCUUCCUUCUUUCAGAUCUGGUUCUAGGCACAGACAUCACUAACAGAGGCCUCUGGACUCUUAAGAAAAGUCCAAAAGCUUUGGAAAUAUGAAAAAGACAUGGUGCCACUUACUAAGAGAGAUAGAUAGCAUUGUUUGAACCAGAGUAUCUUUAAACUAGUUUAUAUUUUGUGAUCAGUAUGUCAGCUUCCUGAAAUUAGCACCUUAUUGGGUUGAAGAUCAGGAGAUCUUGCCCUCUGUCUCUGGGACUUUGUUAGGUCUGCAGUAGGUUUUACCAGGUCAAGUGUAGGCCAUGACUAGCUUCCUCAUACCCCCCACUGUCUGAGACCAGAGAUGCCACAUAAUAUGGCACCGAUGCUGGAUGUAAUGUCCAGUGGCAGUGUGUACUGUGCCACAGAUGGUAGGGCUCUUGAGCUGCUUGCUUGUCCAUCAGGGGACACCCUGAGGCAGUCCAGUGGGUAAGUUGGCACCUUUGCCUAGUGACAUCUAAAAGGAGGAAAACUCAGGAGAUUCUAAUCAAGGCACCUCCUGCCUGGGUUUCUGGCAUAGACUCUAUUUGGGAGCAGGUAACUGUGGCUAGUGUCCUCCACUAGGGAAGUGGGCUAGGGAGGAGAGUGGAUUGACUCUUCUCACCUAUAAUGAAGCUCACACAAUUCCAGAGAAUUCUGCUGCUUCUGUAGCAACGAGACGCCUAAUGUGUUUGCCAUAUUAAGGAAAAUGGUGUCAUUUGUAGGACUAAAAUUAUGGAUGCAUUUUUUUUUUUACCAGCCUAAAUGAAUAUGUGUAUAAAAAUAAGCAAUGUUAAAGGCUGGAAUUUUCAAAAGACCCAAGCAGAGAAGCCUCCCACUUUGUGCAUCUUCUUCUGCCUUCCCAGCCAAAGUUGUGAUAGUCUCAGUAUAUACCUGUGGCUUCCUUUGUGCAUUUGAGCAUGUUAUAAUUAAGAACAGAUCAAUUUCUCAGAAACAUCUUUCUCUGGUUGCUCUAAUACUGUCUGAGAUCUUUCUGCUGAUUCAUCUUUUGUAAAGAUUGAAACUGAGUAUCUGGUCUCAGGGGGUUGGGUGGUUUGGCCUUGAUUCUUAUUGUGACCAUCCAGUGGCGAGCAUUCCACUCUUUAGAAGAUGCAGAGGCAGGUUGAAGUUCAUGGUUCCACAUGAGGUUUGUGAUGACAUUUUUUUCAUCUCUGUAUCUUCUAGGUAUAGAGCACUUGGCUCAGGGAGUGGGGAUAAUUGGAAAUAUUUGAUCGGUUUAUCUACUUGCUUUCCCACAUUCCAGGUUCUCAACCUCAGAAUCCCAUUCUUUAUCAUUCUGUAUCAUGGCUUCACUACUGGUGGGUGUCCUUUUCAGUGUAACGGUAUCUUUACCUAGAUCACACCAUCAAAUCUAGACUUGUGCAGAGAAUAGUAAUGGAUUAAAAGACACUGGACACAAGUGGAGAAGAACGGCUUUUUUUUUUUUUUUUUUUAAAGACAUUGAGAUCUAUCAGAUGCAUUUGUGAGGACAUAGGGCACUUUGUCUUAAGAGGAAAAAAAGGAAAGAAACCACAGCAAACCUUUCCCAACUAUCAAAGCUCUCCUAAUCCCAUAGUAAUUUGUAAGUCUUGUUAAGUAAAUUCAAUCUUGGAAGCACUACAGCAACCUGUACCCUUUGUUCUGUAACAGGAUAACUGGCUCCAGAGCUUCUGGUCUAGGCAGCAGAACUUAUUGCUGUUUCUUUUAAUAAUUGUUAAGCCAUAUCAUCUAAGGUUUUCGGCUUGUUUGAGAUGUGAAUUUGUUUUAUAGAUUAUAAAUAUACAUAUACAGUGUAUGUAUAAAGCAGAAUGCCUGUCCUUCCUGAUUAUUUUUUGUACCAUAUUGUAAAUUACAUUAUUUAUUCUUUACCAAUUUUGGGAAUAAAAGGUGUUUUGGUUAUUUAAUAUAAUAAAAGCUGUUAAACUUCUUAUGUUUAAAUUUCCAGUUUAACUUGUAAAUGUUUUUAUUAUUGUCCAUAAAUACAUACUAAUACUUGAUCUAAUAA